AUGAUUGAGGAGGUCCCUAGAGUGGUAGGAAAAUUAUUGACGGAGUUUAAGAAUGUGAUGCCAAAGGAGUUAUCGAAGUGUUUUUCAUUGAAGAGAGAGGUGGACCACAUGGUUGAGCUUGUGCCAAAUGUAAAACCACCUGCUAAAACCCCUUUGAAGAAGCACGAUGGCUCUCUUAGAAUGUGCAUCAAUUAUCGGGCUUUGAACAAGGUCAUUGUGAAGAAAAAGUACCCGAUCCCGUUGAUGGUUGACUUGUUCGAUCAACUUGGCCAUGUCAUUGAAGGAGGUAAGCUAUGGAUAGAUAGGGACAAGAUUCAAGAAAUUGAUGAGUGGAAGCCUCCUACCAAGGUGACAGAGCUGAGAGCUUUCCUGAGAUUAGCCAACUAUUAUCGAAGGUUUGUGAAGGGCUAUUCCAAUAUCUCCACAUCUUUGAUCGAGUUGUUCAAGAAGGAAAAGGUGUGGGAAUGGAAUAAGGAGUGUCAAAAAGAUUUCGAGAGGAUCAAAUAA